UAAGCUCCAACUCGGUUCAGCGGAGUUCAGUCGCGCCACUCGGCCGUGGUGUUCACGUGCCGUUCGUACCUCUGACGAUCUUUACGAUUUCGAAAUCUUAUCAUUAUAUCUUGAUUUAUUUCGUUAUCUAUCUAUCUUUCUGUAUCUCUGUUUCUUUAUUAAAUAAGUCAUUUUAAUAAAGAAGGAAUAUUAUUUUACGUCGGCCUGUGUCAUCGUCAUCGUCAUCGUCAUCGUCAACUGGUGUUUCUAUCCGAAGAAAUUCGAAGAAAAAGGGAGAAGAGGGAACCAGGGUGUAGGUACGCGUUCGAUGUCCUCUUUCGCGGACAUUCGCCUCAAGAAUGUCUAACGAGAAUGCAGCAGUGUGCGGUUGCAGUAUAACCGUAGAUGUGUCUAGAAGAAAAGUACCAGUCCCGUUGCCCAUAUGGAGGCACGGCAAAUCAGAUGGUCGAAGCUCGAAAAAACAAAACGAUAGCCGUGGAUCAAAACAUAGAAAUUCUGAAACUGGAAGCAGUAGUUCUGCAACCGAUCACUCGAAACCGAUGACGAAGAGUAAUAAACAAGAAAGACGUUUAAAUCAAACGAGAAGGACUCGAAGCGCUGAACGGGUAGAAUCUUAUUACACAUACAUUGAUUCAAAUUCGAGCAUACUAAAUGGAGCGAUUCGUGAAACCAUACCCGAAGCUCUCUACGUGACUAUACCCGAAACGCCGAACGUGACGGCAAAUGAUACCGGAAGUAGUCUAACGAAUGCGCAAAACCGAUCACUACCUGUCUACACUAUUCCUUCGAUGACUUCACCACCGCCUACAUAUGACGCUUCUAUCGCUAAAUCGGAGCAGUCCGGUUUGCUGCCUACAUACGAGGAAUACCUGCAUCACAAAUACGAGAUGAUAUCGCGUUCUCACACGCCCCCACCCCCUUGGUCUGACUCCACAACAAAUUCAUCAUCAACGACGCCAUCUUCGUCAGUUAUCCGAACACGUCGUGAGCUUGAAGAGUAUCUCGCACAGUUGACGAUCUCACAACAGAAUAACGUGCAUUUUGCUCAACAGCAACAACAACAGCAACACUCUGGUCCUGUCCAUCGGGACGGUAGUUGUCUCACGAACCAGAAAAUCUGCAGGGAACAGCAGAUCAGAGUGCAACAGCGAACACGGCCAAUGCCUCCCAGGUCGCAGAGCGAGAGUCGGGCACAUCAACAAAGACUCGCAACGAUGUACGAAGAUGGUGCUUUUUGCAUGGAAACAACGGCACUAACUUCAAUGUUCGAACAUGGCGUAGCUUUUUGUAGCCUAAUGUAAGAGAUAACUUUCGUGAGAAAGAACUAUUAUCUAAGAUUAAAAGUCAAAUAUCACGAUUGCAAUUUUGACUUUCCGAAAAAAAAUAUGAAAUUCAAGAAGAUUAACAAUACCAACAAAUUCAUUAUUGUUCUCUUCGUGUAGGCUGUCGUGUGUGUGCUAAAUCAUUGAAUUAUAUCAACAAAUUUUUAUCUUUGAUCUAUUGAUCGAUCAAUCACUGUCUUAAAAGAAUGAUCGAUUGCAAUAGAAGAAAAAGAAAGAAAAUAAGAAUAACAGCUUAUAUAAGGUUCAACAAAAAGUUAUCAAUUAUUUUAUGAAUUAUCGAUUGACCUAAUGCAUUUGGUUUUUCAAUUUUUUAACUGGGUAACAAUGGUUUGCAACUGAAAAAUAUAUUUGUAAAAGGCAUAGAGAAGGUCCCAGAUAAAGAUGUCUAUAUAUAUAUAUUAUUAAGUAUUUAAAUACAAGUUAUAUUAAAG